AAUGCACGGUGUUGAUAGAAAAUAAAUCCCGUUCUAAAGCUCCACUUACUUCCUUGUUGCAUCGCGCUGGUCAGACAGAGAAAACUAUGAAACCAUUCGUUGUUUUAUUUACAAUUUUCGCAGAUGUAGUGUUUGCUGACGUUGGAGUUCAUGAAAUGGAGAUUGGAAAAGGACUCCAGAAAUUUUCUUGGGGAAAUUGUAACAAAACGAUCGUACCACUAGCUUUCAAAACUCUGUCACUUUCUCCUGACCCGAUACAGUACGGACAGAAGCUAGUUGUAACAGCAGAACUAGAUGUUACACAACCUGUUGGAACAACAAAUACACUAAAGGCAGACAUAAUUGCAAAUUUAAUAGAAGGCCAGGAGAAGUUUGAUAUGUGUCAGUACAAGCCAGAUCUGUGCCAUAUUGCAGAUCUGUGUUAUAACAUCUCAAAGAUUAAGAUACCUUGCCCUAAAGUGGUACAAAAACAAGGCAGUGAUUGUAAAUGUCCAUUGAAACCUAACACCUACACUGCUACAAAGAUCCCUAUCCCAAUUCCAAGUUCUUCAUUUCAAAUUCAAGGCACGUUCGAGGUCACAGUUAAUCUGUCGGAGCAAAAUAAGCCAGUAGGCUGUUUCACCAUGGGAUUUUGUCUAGGGUAAGUAUAUACUUUAUAAA